AUGAUAGACUACCUCAUAUACUUUGCACAAGCAUACCCCGAGUUUCGUCGUGCAGAACUCGAAUCUUUGGCCCAUCUUUAUGAUAUACCGCUCGAUAUUCUGCAUCAUGAUCCUUCUACUCCGUUCUUAAUAGUACAAUUGCGCAACGACGAGGAUGCCAGAAAAUUGCUUGAUCGUGCAGUUCUUUCGAGAGGAAUCUACGAGCUUUGGGGAGUGGGUGAAACGUUAGAACAACUUCAUACGAGUGUUCGGUCGAUAUCAGAGCAUCGCUUCGAAGAAAAAAAACGUAACCUGUUUCGGUUUGACUUUGAAGGUUAUAUGGGUACGCGUACUCGAGAGCAAAAAAAUGCUAUCAUAGAAUCUUUUGCAUACUUGGGAUUUCAAGGAAAAGUCAAGUUGAAAAACCCGGACGAAAUUUACACUGUAUUGGAAUUGUAUCGGACCAAUGGCCAAACAAAGGCUGAAACUCCGUUGAAAUUAUGGUUUGGUCGUCAGGUACAACUCAGUGCUCGGUCCAAUGGUGUUUUGGAUAAGUAUGAUUUGCGUCGUCGAAAGUAUAUUGGCACCACAUCUUUCGAUGCCGAGUUGUCUCUUGCUAGUUGCAACAUUGCCCAGGUUAACCACGAUAAAAUCGUGUAUGAUCCAUUUGCUGGUACUGGCUCAUUUAUGGUUACAGCCGCUAACUUUGGAGGACUUACUAUAGGCUCUGAUAUUGACGUCAGAAUGCUCAAAGGAAAAGGAGAUAAAGAUAUUGCUUCCAACUUCAAACAGUACGGCACGUCUCUCCAUUUCUUGGACACAAUGACCAUGGAUUUCACGAACAAUGCCCUUCGUCAUGACUUUCCUAUUGACACAAUUGUAUGUGAUCCGCCUUAUGGAGUGAGAGAAGGAUUACGAGUAUGUGGAGCUCGUGAUCCUGCCAAGGCGGCAGGAAGAGAAGAUGUUAUAAUUGACGGAGAAAAGGCUCAUUUACGGCGUGACUUUAUACCUCCAAAGAAACCGUAUGAGCUUUCAGAUCUACUUGGAGAUUUGUUGGAUUUUGCAGCCCGACGUCUACCGGUUGGAGGAAGACUUGCGUUCUGGAUGCCUACAGCCAACGAUGAGUUUCAACCACAUCAUGUUCCGCAGCAUCAAAGCUUACAGCUCUUGUACAAUUUGGAACAAGAAUUUAACAAAUGGUCGCGGCGUCUUUUGGUUUACGUGAAAAUGAAUGAAAGUUACGAGGGAAAAACCAUCAAUGGACUCAAGGAGAAUGUGCAUUUCAGAGACAGAUAUUUCAGCCGGUUCAACGACAAGAGCAAACAAGUAUAA